UUAGAAGGUUCAUAUUCCCCAAACCCCCUCUCCCAACACCCUCCUCCCUAGCCGGCUAUCAAUUCCAUUUUCAAAGCCCCCUAACAGGCUAACACCUCCUCCUCCCAAGUCCCAAGUCGUCCUUGCCCUCCCACCCUUCGAGACCCCUUAGUGAGUUGAAUAGCAUUUUCAAGGCAUUCUUCUUACUAUUUUUCUCUCUUUUUUUCUUUUUUCAUUUCAGAACACUUCCUUGGGUGAUAAACAAAUUCUGAAGAGGAGCUUUGAAACACUGGGAAAAAUAAGCAUAUAGCAUGGCGGAGACUAUAGUCAAUCUCAUUAUUGACAAGCUGGUGACAUUGCUAGCCAAUGAAUUGGUGCUGCCACGAGGCGUCAAUGAAGAAGUUGUGAAUCUGAAAGCUGAGCUGGAGACAAUUGGAGCUUUCCUAAGAGAUGCAGAUAUGAAGGCAGAAAAAGAAAAUGUCAGUGAAGGAGUGAAGAUGUGGGUCAAAGAAGUUAGGGAUGUGGCUUUCUUGAUUGAAGAUGUCCUGGAUGAAUACACGCUUCAUGUUGCAAAACGCCAUGAUAGAAAUCAAUUCUUGGCUUGUCUUCAUAAGAUUUCAUGGAUACUCAAAAACUCAAGGGUUUGCCACAAGGUGGCCUCUAAGUUUAAAGAUAUCAAGAAGAGGAUUCUUGAGAUCAAGGAAAGAAGCGAACGAUACAGAUUCAAUUCCAUAGAGCAAGGCGGAUUGAGCAAUGGUGCUAGGAUGAGUUCCUGGUAUGACCCACGAGUGCGAUCACUUUUCAUUGGGGAAGCUGAAGUUGUAGGAAUUGAGUCUCCAAGAAGUGAGUUGAUAGAAAAAUUAGUAAAAGGAGCUUCGAGACGCACAGUUAUAUCAGUGGUUGGCAUGGGAGGCAUUGGCAAGACCACUCUUGCGAAAAAAGUUUAUGACAACCAGGCUGUGACCGAACACUUUAAUUCUCAUGCUUGGAUCACAGUGUCGCAAUCAUAUUCAAUAGAGGAGCUGCUGCGAACUUUGAUAAGGCAAUUUCUCCAGGAGAAGAGAGAGGUUACUCCCUCUGAAAUUCAGAUCAAGAACAAAGACUCUCUGGUUGACUUUCUGAGAGAAUAUUUACAACAACAAAAAUAUGUUGUUGUUUUUGAUGAUGUCUGGAAGACAGAAUUUUGGGGAGACAUAGAACAUGCUUUCCCAGAAAACAACACAGGUAGCAGGGUAAUGCUCACGACACGAAUCAUGGAUGUUGCUGAAUUUUGCAAAUUUCAUUCUUUAGUUCAUGUGCAUGAGGUGCAAUCUCUACCUAGAGAUAAGGCCUUGGAACUCCUCUGCAAUAAGGCAUUCCAAUUUGAAGAUCACCAGCAAUGCCCCCCUGAAUUGACUGAAUUGGCCACAUAUAUUGUCGAGAAAUGUGAAGGUUUACCUCUUGCAAUUGUCGCUAUUGGUGGGGUUCUAUCAUCUAAAGGAAAGGAUAUAUCCCAAUGGCAGAACUUGUGCAAUAUCCUCAGAGAAGAGCUAGAAAGCAAUCCCCAACUUGUAGGUAUCAGAAAAAUUCUUUCCUUCAGUUAUCAUGAUCUGCCUUAUUUUCUCAAGUCUUGCUUCUUGUUUCUUGGUAUGUUUCCGGAGGACCACUUGAUUGAUUGUAACAAGUUAACCCUGCAAUGGAUAGCUGAGGGAUUUAUAAUACCAAAAAAGGGGAAAAUGUUGGAAGAUGUUGCCAAGGAGUACUUGACCGAACUCGUUAGCAGAAAUUUGGUUCAAGUCACGCAAGUUAGUAAAGUGGGGGAAAUUAACAUUGGCCAUGUCCAUGAUUUGAUGCGUGAGACCAUCCUUUCAAAGAUUGAAGAAUUGAGUUUUGGCCAUACUUUGACUGACGAUAUCAAUCUUCUCGGAAGCGCUCGGCGCCUGUCAAUCCAAAACAAUGUUGGUAGUAACAUUGUAAGAAAGAUAAAAAAAUCUCAAAUUCGUUCUUUGCUCCUUUUCAAUGUUAAUGAGUUCCAGAAUUCUUUUCUAACUUCAGUUGUAGCAAAAUUCAAGCUUGUGAAGAUGAUAGACCUUGAAGGGGCUCCUCUUCAUUCUCUCCCAGAAGAAUUUGGACAUUUAUUUAACUUGAGAUAUCUGUGCUUAAAAAAUACGAAAUUAAAGGAACUUCCGAAGAGCUUUGCUGGCCUGCAGAAUUUAGAAACUCUUGAUCUAAGGCAAUCGCAAGUGCGCGAGAUAUCGUUUGAGCUUAAUAGGCUGCAGAAGUUGAGGCAUCUUCGAAUCUUUAAUGAAGACUACAGUGUAGAUUUUAGCAUGGCUUCUCUACGAGGAUUCAAGAUUCAUGGAGGGUAUGGGAGUUUACAAGACUUGCAGACCCUAAAUUACUUGGAGGCAGAUCAUGGAGUCAACUUAUUGAUCGACCUGAGAAAGUUGACCAAUUUGAAAAAGUUGGGCGUUACGAAACUGACAAGGGAAAAUGGAAAAGAUCUCUGCAUUGCUGUUGAGAAAAUGAAGCAGCUUGAGUACCUUAAUGUAUGUUCAACGAGUGUCGAUGAUGUUCUUGACUUGCAAUUCAUCUCAUCUCCACCUCAGUCACUUUGGCAUCUUACCUUGCGGGGUCCUUUACAAAAAUUGCCGGACUGGAUUCGUGCACUCCAAAACUUGACCACAAUCGUGUUAGAUUGGUCAGGGUUAGCAGAUGAUUCUUUAAGAGUCCUCGAAGAUCUUCUUAAUUUAUCGUCUCUAUGUCUACGCCAAGCAUAUGAUGGACAAGACUUGCAUUUUAAAGAAGGUGGAUUUCAGAAGCUCAAGUUACUAAAACUCUUGGAGUUGAAAGAAUUAAAGAUGGUAAUGAUAUGCAAGGGAGCAUUGCCACUUCUAGAAAAUCUUCACAUUGGUUGUUCGCAAUUGAUGGAGGUGCCAUCCGGAAUCCAAUACUUGAGAAUGCUUGAGAAUCUGGAAUUGUAUGAUAUGCCCAAAGAAUUGAUAGAGACUUUACUACCACAUUGUGGCAAGAAUAAUUGGAUGAUUGCACAUGUACCAGUUAUUUGGGUCAACAUUAAGCUUCAAGGUAGACUUCAUGAUUCAUACACUCUUCAAUCUCUGAAGAUGUCUGAAAUUGCUACUACUACAAUGCCAAGAAUGCGAAGGGGCAGACUGGGGUUUGGUCAAUGGCCAAACGGGAGUAAGUACGGAGGAAAUUAGAUUUUCCUCCAACCCAAAUAAGACUCAAAAGCUAUCAAAUAGUAUGGGCAACCUCUUUCAGUGGUAUAUGUCUUUGAUCUUCUGAAAGAUCUUGGUUUGAUUUCUUGCCUGUGGAGCUGCUUCUUGUUGUUUGUGAGGUUUUGUUGUGGUUUGGUAUGUAGCUGGGCUAGUUCUGUCAUGGACAUUUCCCUGACUUUGGGCUUUUGCCCUUGCUAUUGCUCUUGGUUGCUGCUUCUUGAUGUUUGGGGGGUCUUUGUGGGGUGCUGGAGUUUCCUUUAGUUUGUGUUUAGGAUCCUUAGCUUUCUUGUUGCGUUGUUUUUGUUUGUAAUUAUUUCUAUUGGCUCCUUCUUUCAAGCUGGUUGGUUGUACUGUAGUGUUCCGUGCUUGCCACUUUUGUUUAUCAAAUGAAAGAAACUAUCGAGUGAUAGUUAUUGCUGUCUAUGAACAGAGGUA